AUCUAAAGUGUUAAUAAAAUUGUUAAUUAUAAUUCUGAACGAAUUAGAAAAUUUUAAAUAAAUUUAUUUAUAUGUCGUGGUAACGCUUUUCUUUCCAUUUAAUGUUACAUUUUUGCGAAUGGUUAUUUUUAUAGAACACAGAAUAUAUGUACAUAUAUAUACAUUGUAAUAUACUACGAUUCAAUCAUAAGGCUAAUACUAAACCGAACCUUUUAGAACAUCCAGGGGAAUGUUUUUAUUGGGGGAAAAUUAAUGCCUCUAUGUAACAUUAGGUUGCAUUUUGCUAUUUCUACAAUAUAGAUGUUUCUAAACUUUUAACAAUUUUACUUAUUAUUCGGUGAAUAUGGAAGAGGUGGAAGAAGAAACGUAUAAUGUAGAUCAGUUUUUAAAAGAGGAGAGUGCCAAUUUGAAGAAUUCGAAGUUAAAUAAGUUUUAUAGCAAGUUAGAUUCAUAUUUGGUUAGUGGUACCAAUAGGUCUCAUUAUUGUAGUGCUAAUAUUAGUGACCCGAAAAUACAUAAUCUUUGUUAUUCACUUGAAAAUAGGAUAUUUAAGAAAUGGAGAAGCUUACGUUCUAUAUUAGGAAGUUCGAAAUAUAAGUGUUAUGAUUAUCUGAAUUAUUGGCUAUAUGGGAAACUAUCAGAAUAUAAUUCUGAGCCUUUAGAUUCCUUUCAGUUUUACAAAGGAUUGGAAGAGAUUUUUAAAGCUAAAGUUACUGGUGCGCCAAGUGGCACAUACAAUAAACAUUUUGAACAGGUGACAUACCAAGAAACGUUAAAAAAUAAAAAAGAAUUACACGAUUUUUCAGAAUAUUUUGAUUAUAUAAUUAGAGUUAUCAAUGGUGCAGACUCUGGAAAAAAGGGGAAAUACUGCCAGUACGUAUCGCAUAUUUUGCGAUUAUACCAUAAUCUUAAAAAUGAAUACAGUACAGAAUUAUCCAAAAGGUAUGACAAAGAAUUCAAGUUAUUUGAAGGUAAAUUUAAAACAGAAAGCGAUUUAACUUCGUUAAUAGAAAAAUGUGGCAUGUAUUGUGCACCUACUGUAUCUGAGAAGGAUGAGGAAGAAAGGAGUCCCUUACUGAGAGAGAACGUUCCAGUAGAAACACCAAGACAUGUUCAGAUGCCUAGAGACCUCAAUAUGAAUACCAUCCAAGCAGGAUUACCUUCAAAGGAAAUAUACGACGAACUUAAUAAGGUGGAAGGAUCGACCUAUUAUGAUAACUAUUGCAAAUAUUUUGAUACAAAGAACCAAGAGCUAAAACCCCUGUGUAGGAAAAUUGUAAGAAAUUUGAAAAAUAUAUCAGAUAAUAAAAUAAUGAAAAAGCUAAAUCAGGGAGAUCGUUGUCUGCACUUCAUUUUCUGGGCUUAUGACGAAAUAGGGAAAAAAUUUAAUUGGCCCUGGAGAAACGUUUACAACAUACCUGAAGCAAAAAGCCUUCUUGAUGUAUGGAGUAAAGUUAGUAUGGAAGCAUUGCAAAGGGGAAGUACCCAUAGAGUUCAUAUGGCUAGCCGUGACAUCGACCGCCAUUGCAUAUUGAGAGAUAGAAAUGGUUCUUGUAUAAAACAUAAAUUUAUAACAGGGGAUGAAGAUGAUUACGCAUUAAAAAACUAUAAUACGUGUUUGUAUUACAUUAACUGUUCUUCCAACGAAUGUAAGGAAAUGAAAGCUCUGUAUGAUUAUUUUUACAAUUUUAGUGAUAUCAAAAAGAAAGUUACUACUGCCAGUACGUGCCCUACGCAUAACGCGUACCUUAGCUAUAUUGCUAAGCUGUAUGAAAAGUAUAGACAAUCUUCUAAGGGCGAUUGCUGUAGAAGACGCGAUUGUGAUGACUUUUUCAAAUGUGAUGAGGACUUAAAUCCGAAGAAUCUGCAAAAGUUAUCAGUAUGUGGUGGCGUCCAAACAUAUAGUCCACGAGGUGUAACUCCACAAGGUUUAACUGCACGAGUUUUAACCCAACCAGGUUUAACUCAACAAGGUUUAACUGAACGAGGUUUAACUGAACGAGGUUUAACUGAACGAGGUUUAACUCAACAAGAUUUAACCCCACGUGCUGGUGAGGAGACGUACGACGCUUCUCAGCGUUCUCGUCUUGGCCAGAGAAAUCCAGAUGAAAGCUUUUCCUAUGAUGGUGAUCAUUAUCAUUACGAUGGCCACUCUCACGGACCAGGGCAUAUGGAUGAUGGACGAGUUGGUAACACAAGGCAUGCAGUUCAAGAUCAAAGCGCAGAAAAUAAUUCGUGGUUGUUCGAUUUUUCAGAUUAUAGAAAUAAUAUAAGAUUAUUUACUGUAAUUGGAGGAGUAUUCUUAUUGGCUUUCGGCAUGUAUAGGUAUACACCCGCUGGAAAGUGGUUUAACAGUAAGAAUCGUAAGAAAAUAAAACUUGAUGAUUUUCAAUUUGAAGAAAAUACGGAAGAUGCAGCAACGUACGCAACAGGUUAUAAUGAUGAAAAUUCACCUAAUAGGACGGUGUAUUUAGGUUACUACCCUUCAGACGAAUCUGUGUAUCAGUAAUAUGUAGACGGUGCAUUUGUAUGUUCCCUGCGAACCGUCGCGUGGAGCUUGUAAGCUUUAAUCCGCAACUGCGUUUUGCAUGAAUAGAGGAAAGAACAAAAAUGUGCAUAGGAAAUGUAUAUUUUGUUCGAUUCGGUAUGUUUCGCUUAUAUUCAUUUCUCAUUUAUUUUUUUUUUGUAAUUUUAUGCCAUUACCAAUGAUGAUAUGUAUUACUUUUAUAAUUCGCUUUAACUAAUGUUUAAUUCUUUUAAUUUUUAUUCUUUUAAAGUAUACGCGAAAAAUAUAAUUUUAUGCGAUAGCACUUUUAUUUUUAACAUCAUAUGUGAAGAUAUUAUUUUUAAUACACUUAUUUUUGACACUACGUAAUAGGUUAUAUAUAAAAAUAUACGUAGAUUACUAUGUGUUUUGAUUUUCCACGCGUUAUAUACGUGAAAUAUUAUUUAUUCUUCAUUUCUUACUUUUGUUAC